AUGAGAAAAAAAUCCAUCCUAAAGAAGGCAAGAUUUUUAUCACAAGCAGAAGAAACAUCCUGUAUAUUAGAUGAACAAAAUGGUAAAACAAAAGAAAAUGAAGAUAACUCCCCUAGUGAAACAAGUAAGCUCAAAACAGAAAUUGAAUCAUUUAUGGAUGAUACUGGUAAUGAACUUCGAUUUUAUCUUGAAGACAAUAAUAUUACGAAUGACACAGAAAAAUGUAAAAAGGCAUCCUCAUACAUAAAUUGGAGAGGAAUGGACUAUGUUAAUUUGCUAUUAAGUGAAAAAGAAAAAUAUAAUAUCUCAUGUCUUGUUGAAAAAUGGAAAGAGAAACAAAAAUCUUUUCAAACAAGUAUAGAUGAAAAAAUGAAAUCAACGUGUAGUACAGCAACGUUUGAUUAUUGUGCUAUUUUGAAUAAAAAUGAUAAAUGCACUAGACCUUAUGAAUAUAAUGAUCUACCAGUACCCACAUCAUUAACAUACGCACAACUCAAUGAUGAUAGUUAUAGUACUAAUAAAACUCAAAUUAUUGAAGACAGACGGUUAAGUUUUCUCAAUAUUACUAAUGAUAUGUCUCAUUACCAUUUCAGGGUUUACGAGAAUCAUAGAUCUGAACGUAAUUGCGGGAAAUGGAGCAUGUAUAUAUAUAAGAGAGGAAAACAAUUCGUUAAUAUGGCGGAAAAUGAAUUAUAUGAUGAUCAAUUAUAUAUAAAUGAUUCUAUUAGAAUAUGGAAUGUUCAUAGUAAUACAUUGCAAAAUACUGAGUUAGAAGACACUGGUAUUCAAUGUAAUAUGACAACAUUAAUUCAUCAAAUUAAAGAGAGACAAAAUACAACUGACCCAUAUAAUUUAGAUUGGCUUUCUUCAAGUAGCACUCAAAAUAAAUCUAAUGAAACUUCAAAUAAUACAAAUACAUCACCAGAUAACUUACAACCUACAGCUGUAACUCCUGUUGUAUUACAUAAUGAUACUGCUACAGAUUCAUUGGGUAACAAUACGACUAGUGUUAAUGACGUAAAUGGUAACAGUCCCUUUGAAAAUACAUUAACAAACGACACCUCAGUACCACCAGUUGCUGCAGAUCAAAUUGCCCCAGAAACUGCAACCCCAAUUUCUCCAGAAGAGUCAACACAAUUCAAUUCUUUAUCUCCAAAAGAUACAAUACACUCUAAUAAUAAUACUAUAUCUGACACAACCUCAUCAUCACAUUCCCCUGAUAUUGUAACAUCUCCUGCAACUUCUUUACCUUCUGAAACUGUAAUUUCUGUAAAUAAAAUUAUAUCUACAAAUGGCAAUUCAUCUGUUACAAAUGAUACUGCUACAGAUUCAUUGGGUAACAAUACGACUAGUGUUAAUAACGUAUAUGGUAACAGUCCCUUUGAAAAUACAUUAAGAAACGACACAUCAGAGACAUCAGUUACUACAGAUAAAAUUAACCCAGAAACUGCAUUUACAAUUUCUCCAGAAAACUCAACACAAUCCAAUUCUUUAACUCCAAAAGUUACAAUACAUUCUAAUACUAAUACUAAUACUAUAUCUGACACAACCUCAUCAUCACAUUCCCCUGAGGUUGUAACAUCUCCUGCAACUGAAACAUUACCUUCAAAUUCUACUACAAGUAGUGGCACACCUUCAGUUACACCUUUACCUAGAGAUAUAUCUGCUACAGCGACCAAUGAAUAUUCUAUUACUACUAUGAAGUCAUUUACAAAUAAUAUUACACCUUCUACUACUAUCACUACGCCUCCUACAACUGCAUCUUUAUCUUCCCCUGAGGAUAUGUCUCCUACAAAUAUAGCUAUACCUUCUAAUAAUCACACUGUAUCUCUUACAAGUAGUGUCACACCUACAGUUACACCUUUACAUGGAGAAAUAUCUGCUACAUCGACCAAUGAAUAUUCUAUUGCUACUAUGAAGACAUUUACAUAUAAUAUUACACCUUCUACAACACCAACUAAAUCUCCUGAAACUUCUUUACCUUCUGAAACUGUAACUUUUGUAAAUAAAAAUAUAUCUACAAAUGGCAAUACAUAUGUUACAAAUGAUACUGCAUCUCCUUCAAUUGAUCCUAUUUCUCCUCCUGAUAUUGCACCUUCUCUUACAACUAUGACUACGACGCCUACAGAUGAUUCUACACCUCCACUACCUUUAUCUACUCCUGAAAUCACCACUUUGCCAUCUACAAAUAAUUCUACAUCACGUACAAAUGAUAUGCCUAUUCAUCCUACUAAUGAUGUUACUCAUAAAACUACAACCUCACCUUUAACAGAUAGUUCUUCACCUUUUUUGACAAAUACCAUUGAAAAUUCUACUAUUACCAUUGAACCAUUUACAAACAGAGUUGCAUCUCCUGAAACAGACAUUACAUCUCUUGCAAUUAACACUACAACUCUUAUGCCUGAUACUAUAGCUCCAACUGCACUUUCGAAUUCUCUAGAUAAAACACCUAUUCUCACAACUCCAACUGCUUUUUUUCAUACAACAAAUAACAAUUUAUCUUCAAAUCAGACAGAUAGUAUCCAACUGCAGAACCAACAAAUUAUACAUGCCCCUCUUAAACAGGUUCAACAACAUGUAAAUGGAAUAAACUGUACUGGAAACACUUCACCAUGUCCAAGUGCGAUUGCUCCAGAUACUUUGACGCCAACAACAUCAAGUGACCCUACCGAAGUUACGCCUACUCUUACACCUAAAGGUAAUUUAUUAAUACCAAUGGUUUCAGUAGGUAUAUUUAUUUUGGGAAUUAUUUUUCUUUUGGUUCUUAUUUGUAAAUGUACUCCUAUUGGAUCUUGGAUUCGUAAUAGGAAGUCAAAAAAAAAAAAAGCAAGAAAAAAGAUUAAGAAAAUAACUAGGGAACCGUUGUUAAUGGAUACAAACAAUAUAAAGAAUGAACCAAUAAAUAAUGAAAAUUAUUCGUUCUUAUACCAUGAAAAAGAAAUACCACUAUGUGAUAUGAUUGUGGAAAAUGAAAAAGAUUUGAAGUAUAAACAUGUGAAGAAAUCCAAAGCACAUAAAGGAAUGUAUAUGGAAAAUGGAAAAGACUUGAAGCAUGAAAAAAUGAAGAAAUCCAAAGCACAUAAAGGAACCUAUAUGGAAAAUGAAAUAGAUUUGAUGUAUGAACAAAUCCAGAAAUCUAAUGCUCACGAAGAAACGUACAUGGAAAAUGACAAAGAUUUGAAAUUUGAACAAAUCAAAAAAUCCAAAACACAUGAUGGAACCUAUAUUGAAAAUGAAAUAGAUUUGAGGUAUGAAGAAAUGAAGAAAUCCAAAGUACAUGAAGGAAUGUAUAUGGAAAAUGAAAAUAAAUGCAUUCCUGAAGUUGUAGAAAUAUCAAAGAAGCACGAAAAUGAAUCGAUAUUGGGAGAAAAAUUAUAUCAAGAUGAUCCUCGAAAUGAAAUUGAAGAAAUUGAAUUUAAUGUAAAUAAAUCUAGAAAUGAAAUUAAAGAUGAAUUAAAUAAAAAUAUAUUAGAAAAAGACCCUGUUCAUAUUGUAUGGCAUAUUAGGAAUGGCACAUUAAAUGAGGAAAAAGCAAAUGAAAUAAACUUGCAAAAAGAAAAAUCUACAUGUGAAAAUGAAAUGAAAAAUUUAGAAAAAAGAUCACUUAAUGAUGAAGUAUGUACUUGGAAUACAUGGAUAAACAUACAUAUGAUAGCAUUACUUGAGUAUAAAAAAGAGGAAUGGAAAUUGAAUAAAACCGAAUUUUUUAAAAUUUGCUCAGAAGAGAUCGAAAAAGAUAGAGAAAAUUCUAAUUUAAAAGAAAUGGGAAAUAAUUUUGUAAUGAAAAUAAAAGAAGAAAAUAAUACCGAUACAAUAGAUAAAAAUAGUAGUAUAUUAGAGAAAUAUAAAAAUGAAGAGUGGUUUAUUAAUUUGAAGAAAGAAUGGGAAGAAGAACAAGAAAAACACUUACAAUAUUUAGAAGGACAUGAAAUUAAAAAAAUGUCAGAAUUGGGAUUAAACAAUUUUAUUCUAAGUAAAAAAAAAAAAAUAUGGAAGGAAUGGAUAGAAUGGCAAAUAAAGCAUUCAUACGAAUACAAAAAUCAGAAAUGGUUUGUACAAUUGCUCGAAGAAUAUGAAAAAGAAGAAAUUGAAGAAAUUUUAAAGGAAGAAAAAAUAGAGAAAGAAAGAAAUAAUGGAAUAGAUAAAAAUGAAAUGAAGAAAAAUUUGGAAAGGAGAAUUUUGUUAGAUAUUUAUAUGAUGGUAUUAGAGGAAUGUAUAAAAGAAGAGUUGCAAAAAGAAGAAGAAUUUUAUAAAACAAACAUAAAAGAGAUAAGAAAGUUUAAAAAUUUGGACGAAGAAACAAAUAAAUUAGAAAAAAUAGGAAAAGAAAGAAGUUGGAAUGUUAUAUCAGAAAAAGAAAAAGAUGAAAUAGAAAAAUGGAAAAAAGAAAAAUGGUUUAUUGAGUUAAUGUUAGAAUGGAAAAAUAAUGAAGAAAAAUAUAUGAUGGAGAUAAAUGAAGAAAUUUUAGCAAAAAGGGAUCAAGGAAGAGUAAUGGAUAUUAUCUUAGAAAGACAAAGCAAUAUAUUGAAAAAACACUGUGAAAAUAUUUGUAGAAAGUGGAAAGAAAAUGACAACAAUGAAGAAUGGUUUACAAAGUUAGUUAAAGUACAUGAAAAUGAAGAGAAAGAAUAUAAAAGUAGAAUUGAUAACAAUAGUAUAGAAAAAAAAAAAGAAAAUGUAAAAACCAUAGAAAGUUGUGAACCACUAACAGAGUAUAACAAAAAGGGAGAAGAAAAAAUGAGAAAAUAUGAAAGGAAUAGUUUAGAGGAAUCAUAUGAAAAGAGUAAUUCUAAAAUAAACAAAAAAAAAUUAAAAUGUAAGACUUUAAUAGAAAUAUAUAUGGUAAUAUUGGAGGAAUAUAGAAAAGAGGAGUGGUUAUUGAAUAGAGGAAAAUUUUUAGAAAUCUGUUUAGAAGAAUUUAUAGAAGAAGAUAAAGAAAAAUAUCCAAAACUAAUAGAAAAAGAUUUAG